CGCGGGAGGGAGGCCAGUACGGAGACGGGUUCCAUGGGGAUGUGUUGUUGUUGAAUUGAUGUUGCAACUUCCUAAAAACACGAAAUGCCGCUGCAAUUGCAAGGAGGACAGAUGCAGAACAAUGUAGAGCCAAUGGUAAUUGAUAUGGCCGUAGAGGAAAAUGACAACACGGAAGAAGAGCCUGUUAUUGUGGAGAGCACGUCCUUGGACCUUGAGACAUAUGCCAACAGCUACACGGGUUUAGCAAAACUGCAGCGUCUCAUCUUUAUAGCUGACCGAUGUCCUCAACUUCGUGUAGAAGCCCUGCGUAUGGCCAUACACUAUGUACAGACUACAUACAAUGUCAACCUAUACACACAACUCCACCGGAAGUUGCAGGAGGCAGUAAGCGGAGCAAAUGCAGGGAAUGCUAGUCUACCAGAUAUAGCUGGGGGUCAGGUAGGAGGGGGUUCUGUGGCAAACCUGCCUGCCCUUGACAUGCAGUGGGUCGAAUCUCGUGCCAAAAAAGCUGCACUGAAGCUCGAGAAGUUGGACACAGAUUUAAAGAAUUCUAAGGUUAAUAGUAUCAAGGAAUCCAUUCGGCGAGGUCAUGAUGACCUUGGCGACCACUACCUUGAUUGUGGUGACCUCUCCAAUGCCCUCAAGUGUUACUCACGCGCACGGGAUUACUGCACUUCCUUCAGACACAUUAUCAAUAUGUGUCUUAAUGUGAUUAAGGUUUCAAUUUACCUAAACAACUGGUCACACGUAUUGAGCUAUGUUAGCAAAGCCCAAGCAACCCCCGAGGCCUCUGAAUCUAGGCCAAGCAGUAACAAAGACCAGUCGGCUGUGAUCCAGACAAAACUCACCUGUGCUGCUGGUUUGGCGCAGCUCGCUACAAGAAAAUACAAGGCAGCAGCCAAAAGUUUCUUGGGGGCACAGCUGGAUGCUUGUGACUUCCCUGAUCUUCUAUCCACAUCAAACGUAGCCAUGUACGGUGGUCUCUGCGCUCUGGCCACCUUUUCUCGUCAGGAACUACAGAAACUUGUUAUUUCUAGCAGUUCUUUUAAACUGUUCCUGGAAGUUGAGCCUCAAUUACGGGAUAUCAUAUUUAAGUUCUACGAGUCAAAGUAUGCCUCCUGCCUCAAGCUCUUAGAUGAAUUGAAGGAUGUACUCAUGCUUGACAUGUACUUGGCCCCUCAUCUCAACACACUCUACACACGAAUCAGAAAUCGUGCACUUAUACAGUACUUCAGCCCAUACAUGAGUGCAGACCUGGAAAAAAUGGCUGCAGCCUUUAACACAACCAUCUCAGCUUUAGAAGAUGAACUAAUGGCCCUUAUACUAGAAGGACAAAUUCAGGCGCGGAUAGAUUCCCACAACAAGAUCCUGUACGCCAAAGCAGUAGAGGAGAGGAGCAUGACCUUCGAGAGGUCCCUGGAGAUGGGUCGGGAGCAUGUCAUGCGGGUCAAGGGACUCAUCCUUCGCUCAGCGCUCAUCAAGAACCAAAUCCACGUGAAGAGUCCGCCCCGGGAGGGAGGAGGAGGUGGAGGGCAAGGGGGUGGAGACGUGACCAUGGCAGCCACCAACAGUUCGGCGGCCGCUCCCAGGAACUAGAUACUGUUAUUAUCAUUAUUAUGCGAGCGGUACCCAGGCUGUGUUGAUACUAGACCUGUGCUUAAUUGUUUUGUUGUUCGGUCCGACCAGCGUGCGCUCUUGCCUGCGGAACAGGCCACCGAACAAUAACCAUUGCUCAUCCGAGAUUUUUCCACUCUUUAGCGUCAAGCCAUUUACACCAGUCUGUUCUUGUCUCCUGUGGCAGAGGAUCCAAAUAAGAGAAUUAAAAAAUGUAAUAA